GUCUGACUCCCCACGUUUGUAAAGUUUUGGGGAAAGGAUCCAUGCAAAAUGCGCCUGCGUGUUAGCAUGUCUGCCACUUCCUAGAUACAGAGGAAAGAACCAACGUCUUGCUACGGCCCCAUCACAACAUCAGCCCACACGCGCACAACAAAGUGUGCUUCACUGGCUACUGACGGAGAUACAAUAACCAGGAGUUUUCAGUCAUUUCUUCAACCUGCAAAAAUGCCUGCCGCUCUAGCGGAUACCAGCCAAAUCAUCUGUGAAGUAUGGGCCAGUAACGUUGAGGAGGAGAUGAGGAAAAUCCGACAGAUCGUUCAGAGCUACAACUUCAUUGCCAUGGACACAGAAUUUCCUGGCGUUGUUGUCAGACCAAUCGGAGAAUUUCGGAGCACUGUGGACUAUCAAUAUCAGCUUCUGCGAUGUAAUGUCGACUUACUGAAGAUCAUUCAACUUGGUCUCACGUUUAUGAACGAAGAUGGAGACUACCCUCAGGGGACAACAACGUGGCAGUUCAACUUCAAGUUCAAUUUAACAGAGGACAUGUACUCCCAGGACUCCAUAGACCUCUUGCAGAACUCCGGCCUACAGUUUAAGAAGCACGAGGAGGAGGGGAUCGACACACUCUACUUCGCCGAACUGCUCAUGACGUCAGGCCUGGUGCUGUGUGAGAACGUCAAGUGGCUGUCCUUCCACAGUGGCUACGACUUCGGCUACCUGGUAAAGCUGCUGACGGACUCGAGGCUGCCCGAGGAAGAGCACGAGUUCUUCCACAUCCUCAACCUCUUCUUCCCAGCCAUCUAUGACGUCAAGUACCUCAUGAAGAGCUGCAAGAACCUGAAGGGCGGUCUUCAGGAGGUGGCAGACCAGCUGGAGCAGAGGAUCGGCAGGCAGCACCAAGCUGGCUCGGACUCGCUGCUCACUGGGAUGGCUUUCUUCCGCAUGAAAGAGUUAUUCUUUGAAGACAACAUCGAUGACGCCAAGUACUGCGGUCGGUUGUAUGGGCUGGGGUCAGGGUCCUCCCAAAAUCAGAACGGCAUCUCAAACUCGUCCCAGGAAGAGAGCAAUAACAAACACUGACCCCCCCCCCCCCCCCCCCCCCCGAACCUGCAGAAGCCAGACCAUGAUGCACUUGUUUUCAAUUCCAUUCAACAACUUUGUGUCUACGGUAUCAACCCUUCCUGCAACAAAAUGCAACUCUGUUCAGAGAAAAACCAACACACAAAACAAAAACAACAACAAUACCAACAAAAACAAAAAUAAUCAAGAAUCAUUCCAGGGGGACUUGAGCAAAUAUCCCCAAACAGAAAACACACAAAAAAUAAAUCAGUCCAAGUAAUUUGGAUGACUUUAGGUUUUGUAUUCAACCGUGUAUUUUCAGUUUUACAGCAUUGCAACAGGUUCUUGUUUGUGCCUGGAGUGGGGAACUGUACCCCUGGCAACCAUGAAACACCAGCGAGCUCCUGAGGGCCAACACAGCUCUCAACAGCCACCAGCUAACACACACACGGCAGACACACACACACACACUCUGGCUCAGGUCUGGCUCCUAUUGAGUGCGGAUGUGGGCCAGUUGCGUGGGUCUGCCGCUGCCAGGGUACAGUUCUUACCUCCGGGCCUCAUUUUGAAAGCAGGAGGAUUGUGGGGACAGACUGCUUGUGGGGGGGAAUUGGAGUUUUUAACGUAAGCUUUAACAAAAAAAAGAGUUGGGUUGGUGACCGUGAGCAGGUUUUUUCUGCGCUCUCCCCCCUAAUGCAGAGUCUCUGGGUAUUUUAUUUGGGUCGUGCCUGCCGGGUGGGACGGGCUGGCGUCGGCCCUUCAGCCAUGUCUUCUACUCCAUGAAUGUCCAACCGAUAUGUGUGGCAUCUUUUUAUUGUAAAGGAUAUGUGUUGUUUAAAGCUGUUGUACAUUAAAAUGUUUAUAUCCA